AUGUCCGAGCUUCGGGGAGGGACAGAGCAAGCACAUGGAAGUGAUGUUCAGCCGAAUACUCCACUGAAUGUGGACGGUCCGUCGGGGCCUUUAUUCACCAAUGACCCGAUCUUAGAGAUGGCGAUGCUUGUCGAGCUAUACGUGCAAGAUCUCACCCUUCUCGGCCUUUUUUGUCAAUAUAUCACUAAGUACAGCUAUCGGGUUAUCUAUUUCAGUCCCGAACUUAUCUGCAAGAAGGGUGCAGACGCCUCAUCCACAAGCACAGCAAUACGUCAACUUUUAAACACAGCCGAGGAUCUUAGCCUAGAUCAAUUAACAGAGUACACUGCUUUGCUCUCUUCUGAUCUCAGCAAACAUAGGGAGAAGCUGGGAGAUGAGUGUAAGAAGCUUAAAGAAACACUUGCUUCUCAUCGAUCCUACGACGAGUGCCUGGUUCGAGAGCGCAUAGCCGUCCGCUACACUAAGGAUAUUCAGGAGGUUGAUGCACUGGUCCGAGAGAGAGGAUUUUGCAUGGCAUGUCCAACACUAAUCAUCAACUCCAGCGGCAACCUGCAGCCCUACAUUAUGUCCACCGCCGUGCUGCAAUCGCUCUUCUCUUUACUUACUCGGAAACAGCAGUGCAUUGGCUCUUACGGUAAAGACCUUUCGAUAGAGACAGAUUCGCAGGGCGUUGGCACCAUCUCCACUACAAACAUAAAUCAGCACACUGACCACUUUCCACCAAAGGUAUGUCUUCACACCAAUAUGUCCAGGACACACAAGACUAGUGAGGUAUCCACGAUCUUACUUGCAAAGGGCAAGGAGAGCACAUAUGCCAACGUUGCAGAGCAAUCCAUUCAAUCAUUCAGCUGCGAGACCAAUCUACAGCCUGGGAAUUCACAUGCACCUACCAAUAAUGAUGAGGACGAAGUGGAUGACCUUUUAGCCCAGCUUUUAUCCGAUGAUGGUUAUACUGCAGUUGGUGCUGAAGCCAUCUCCUCAAACCUUUUGAAUCUUCAAUGUGACCUUAUCAAAUCGAAGGGGGAGACCUCUGUUCUAACUACGCAGAAAGAGGCAGAUUCUCGCAAGAUUUUAGAGCUUGCUGACGAGGUGAAGAUGCUUUCAGCUAGCUUAGAUAAGAAGGAUGAACGGCUGGCACUUCUUGAGCAAGAGUUUGCAACUCUUAGUGAGCACGCAAAGAGUCUCGAAAGGAAUUUAGUAGAGCAGUCUGCUGAGUUAGUAGUUAAGCGCAAAGAAGCGGGAGAUAACGCUCUUCGUGCAGAUGAAAAGACUGCCGAACUAGGGCUCGUUUCCAAAGAGCUGGGAAUUAAGCUGACGCUACUCAAAAAGGCUGCUGCAGAGAUCGCGCGUCUCAAAGAGCUCCUUACACAGAAGUCGGACAGCAUUGAGUUCUCAACAUCCAAAAUAACCGAAUUGCAGAACGAGCUAGAGAUAAAGGAUGCAGAAAUACGAAGAAACGAAAACAGGAUUGAGCGACUGCACAAGGAAUUAGCAGAAAAGACUGACUUGUUACAUAAUCUUAAAUUAAUGGACACAAAGAUGCGUCACGAUUUGGAAGAGGCCAAGGAUGGUAUGGAGCGAGCCAGCAGUCGGACCACAGAGCUAGAAAAUAUGCUUGCCCAGAAAACUUUGCAGUUGGAUAGAAAAUCUAAUGAUCUCACGCUUCUAAUGGAGGAAAACACCAAGUUUUCUGCGCAAAUAGUUGCUUUGCUAAAUUCCACCAACAGUCUUAAGUUGGAAGUUGAGCAACUUAGACUGGAAAGGAAUACAAGCUACGGAGAUAUCAAGAGACUCUCAGCAGAACUAUCUCAGAAGGAAACGGAUCUCUGCGACGCGCUCAAGAAGCUGGAGAUGGAAUCUGAGAAGCUAGCUCACGUGGAAGAGCUGCUUUCUGAGAAGAAGAUGCAACUCGAAAAGCUUACAUUGGAUCUCACAGUGAAGAAUAGCGAUAUUGCAAAGCUGACGGCAGAGUCUAUAACGAGGGAGGAAGAAUUAAGUUGCAAAUCAGAAACUAUUCAGCAACUGCGUGGAGAAAUAUCGACAUUGCACGACAAGCUUUUGGACGGCAGUUCUUCAGCUGCCCGGAUUGCAGAGGUUAAAGAGCUUCUGACGACUACGAACGACCUCAAGACAAAGAUCUAUGACCUAGAGUCCCUCAACACUGAGCUACAACAGGACAGUGAGCGAUACAAGCUGGAGAUCAACCGGCUAUCCUUGGCACUAGAGGAAAGAGACAAGCCAAGCACUGUUUGGACAAACACCACAGAAACCAAACUGCGCCAAGAGGCUCCCGUCAAUGUCUCCCAGAGCGGUUCGCACAUCAUAGAUAUAUCGGACUCGUUCACUGAGAAAGUAGAGCAUAUGCAAACGUCUUGGAGACGUCUCCAAGAUGUCUUGGACGAGACAGAGAAGGAGAAACAAGAGCUAGUGGUCCGCCUGCAAGACGCACAGAAAUUAAUAGAGACUUUGCACGCUCAGCUGAAGAAAUCCACCAUUCCAGGCAAUGGCGGUAGUAGCACUAACCACGAGAAUCAUAUACCUGAGGGAAAGAUUCAUGCAUUACAGGAUGAGCUGGCCGCUUCGAAGGCGAAAAUAAAAAGUCUCAGGGAGGCACUUGGCUCUCUCAAAAUAGCAUAUAGGAGUCUUCUAGAAAACAUGAACGAAACAACAGCCAUAUUGAACGAACAGAAUGUCCGUGAAGAGGACUACAAAAAGAAGCUUGCAGAGCUCACGGCAGAACUAGGAGUGUUGAGAGCAGUACGAGCCUCGGAUGAUGGCACAUUGAGUGUAGAGGCCUUGAGCCAUGAGUACACAGUUGUCAAUGAGGAGCUUAAACGCACAACAACUGAACUCUCUCAAGUGCAGGCGGCUCUUCAGCAAGCCAAUGCACGAGAAGAGGCGCUACUAGAGCGAUUGACAGAUGCUGCAGCGGCGAUUGGUCCAUACACUAAUCACACCACUGCUGAUGAAAGCAAACCGAACGCUGUUGUGACACUAGAAAGGGCAGUGCAGGUUGCAGAUAUCAUCCAAAACCCUCCUCCCCAAUCCAUAACAGCAGAUGCAGCAGUUAAUACCGACAUACCAUGCAAUUAUCGGGAAACUAGCGACAUAGAAAAUGAAAUUUCGGGAUUGCACAGCACAAUAGCAACGCUUACCUGUGAGCUGGUUCAGGUUCGAGGGGAGUGUGUACUACUGAAACAGCAGGUCCAGAGUGGAAAAGCAAUUGCAUAG